AUGUCCGCGUGGUCCUCGAUCGCGGGUGGUCAGGGAGGACUGUCCUAUGCUGAGCGCCUCAGGAAAGCAAAAGAGGGCGGGACGGCACCUGCCGCUGGUAGCAAGGCGCAGCCACAGGAAAGCCUUGCAUCUACAUCCUCCAGCUCUGGUGCUCAGCCUAGGCGCCUCUCCCAGCUCUCGACGCCAGAUAACAUUUCAGGAAAGUUUGCUGCAAAUGGCAUCGCCUCGUCGAGCGUCACAGAGAGCUCUGCCGCGCAGGCAUCUGGCACAAUAUCUCAUUUGCAUCAUCCUCCAGCUUCCCCCUCGAGGAUACGAACAUUGGCGUCGUCAGCCAUGCCCUCCACAAGCGGCUCACAUCGUGCUGGCACAACCUCAGAAUCACCAGCAAGGGUUGGGCUGACGCCUGAGCAGACUUCUGCAAUCUCCAAAGCCACCUCAUCUUUGGACAGCUCAGAGAGGCCCAAGAAGCGGGAAGUCGAAGGCAAUAGCGGUGCUGGGGCAGACGGACACCAAGAUGAGAAGGCCAAGCAAAGCGCAUCAGGCCCAGCUCCAGCACCAGCAGUAAAUGUUUGGGAAGUGCGCAGGAAGCAACAAGCCGCCAAGGAUGCAGAAGCGGCCCGAUUGAGAGCAGAAAAGGAACACCAGCAUCGCGAGCAGGAGGCCCAAAGGAGGAAGGAGCAGCAGCAGGGCCAACCGGAGGAGAGCAGCGGCUCAGCUCAGACCCAGAGACUUGUGGGCGCUCAAAAGGGCAAGUCCAAAAGCUCUGAUCAGAGGUCGAACAAAGCCGAUUUGCGAGGCGGCGAAGGAGUUCACAAGGCUUCGGCCAAAGCUUCAUCUACGUUUGGUUCAGCUCAACGACUCGACACAGCCACUGACACGACCGCGCCGCCUCGGCUCCCUAAGCAAGCCAUAGCGGGUCGAUCUGUUACUUGUGCAAUCGCAAGGGAUCCCGCCUCAGCAACCCCUACGCUUCCUCGCAAGGGACAGAACGGCGAUGAAACUCUGGUGCAAGGCGGUAUGCCCGGCGCGGAUCUCCCUGCCCAGGUUCUGCCUCAUUCACCGGGCGACAAGCCGCCCCAAGCAAAGGAUGAUGCUUCAGCUAGGACAAGGAACGGGGCGAUAUCCAAGUCUGCACCGCAGAAGGCUGCUGGUGAAGCGGUCGCUGCUAUGCCAGCGCCAGAAGUAAGUGCCACUGCCCAAGCUACUAGCCUAUCACUCCAAGAAAGCCCAGCUGCUGCUGCUGCUGCUGCCGAUGAUGAUGCUUGGUUGAAACGCAUACAUCUACUCAAUGGAGGCGAGAACAUGCCAUCAUUCGUCCCUUCCGGUUCUCCAACCCGGAAUAAUCUUGGCAACUCCCAGAGUACCGAUAAGCCGAAUGCCCAAUCAGCCACGGCUCAGACACGCCCCAAUGCUUGGGGUACUUUGAAACAAUUCCCACUUGAAGCUGCAUUCAACCAAACCGCAGAUCGCGCGGGACGUAGAAGAGGGGAGAGCGAUGCCUCGUCGAAUCACGAUGAGGCCAGCGCUGUAGGAGCUUCUCGUGGUCGGAACGCCCGACUGGCAGAUGGAUCCCUGCCAAAAAAAGAAGUAGCGGAAUAUGAAUCGGCGCAAUGGCCAAGCCCGCUGGCUGCUAGAGCGGAGAGGACUCCAGAACGAAGGAGAAGCAAGAGCCGCGUCGACGCCUCUGGGCUAACGCAGGAGCCAGGGCAUGGCGAAAAGAGCCGCGCUUCUCACAAUGCCGAAGCCACGGCUGCAGAGUUGGAGCAGCUGGACGUGGAAGUGGCGAAGCAGGGCGGUGGCGGCAACAAGAAAGGAAAGCAAUGGAUCUCCAUCGUACCAACGCUGACACAUGCUCAGUCGGCGACACACAAAAGACCAACUCCCACGAACAAAGACUCGAGGACGCAAAGCACAGCAGGGAAACCUAAUGCAGGCUCUGCGCAAGUACAGACCCAUGCGACUAAGAAAGGAGCUUCCCGGACUAAGGUAGAGAAGGCGAACAAGGGGAAGUCAGCAGAGCAUUCAGCUUUGUCUAAGCCGUCAGAGAGCGCGUCCCAGGUUGAUAAUGGUGGGCAAGAUGAGGGGGCCGCUCAUACCGGGACGCCUAGCGCUGUGGGACCUACGCUCGAUGCCGAGUCUGCUGACGCAGCGCGCUCGAAUGCCAUACAAGCAGCACCGAGCACGCCACAUGGUGCCCUGGCGUUUCCAGCACGUGACGCAGAGCGUCAUCAGCCUAGCUCAUCUUCGUCCAAUGACACCCUGACACAGUCUCCAUCGAAUGGAGCUGGAAGGGCUCGUGACCUCGCCAGUGACUUACAACCAGCACCGAGCAGCGAUCUCACCAGUUCUAAAGAGGAUGAAUCUCUCAUCACGCCCCUUGCGCCUGAUCACUCAGACACGGCAGCGAGAGCAGACUCCGAGGAGGUCAUGCCUCUCGCUUAUCCACCUAUGCCCUCUCACAUCAACAAGGACGGCUCAUUUUCUCCGACGCGUGCCAGCGAUUACCUUCCUUUGGCAUCAGACGCUUGGAAGGGGCAUCGGGUAGGCUAUAGAGGUCGCGGUCGCGGACGUGGUAGAGGACGUGGAAGAGGAGGACCCGGCUUCUUUGGUGCCUACUCUAACCAUUUCGACAGCAGAGGCUUGCCGUUGUAUCAUCCGGUCAUUGCUGAGGGCGUGGAGACUGGGCCUUACGAAGCCGGACGUCACGAGCCUUUGGCCUCGGGAGGUCAGCAAUGGAACGGCGCUUAUUCUGGUCAGCAAGUUGGGCCUGGAUACGACUCCUCAUACCAUCAACGAUUCUUCACCCACCCUGAGGACGGAUCCAGGGCCUUCUCACACUCUACAAUGCCAACGUACAGCCCGAUGAUGGUGGGCGGGUGGGCGGCAGCCCCAAACUUCUCUCCUCAAGCACCAUAUCAACCGCUGGCAUCUCCCGCAUAUCCGCUUGAAGGACAGUCACCGGCUGCAUACGGUGAACCGUCCGCUUCUCAAGACGAAGUUUCGCAUCAACUGCUCCGUCAGAUAGAGUUUUACUUCAGUCACCAAAACCUACAGGGAGACUUCUAUCUCCGAUCGUGCAUGGAUGCCCACGGCUGGGUUCCCAUAGCGACGGUUGCCAGUUUCAACCGCGUGCGCAGGAUCACCUCGGAAAUCGAUGCAGUACGUGAUUCAGUACUACAAUCACCCUACCUUGAGGUCGACUCGAUAGGCACGCGCGUGAGGCGCUUAGACGACUGGCAAGCAUACGUCCUCCAUCAGGCAGGAUGCAGUGCCGAUGAGCAAGGAGAGAAUGGCACAAGGAAGUAUCACUCGUUAGGCUCAAAAGAAUCUCCGCGCUCGUCCAAGCCAUAUGUUGAGCGUCAGGAUAGCACAGCAAGUGGUGGUCCGGAUACACCUAGCGGCACUGCGAGCCACGGCGACGGGCUAUCCACAACAAACACUGUGCUUACGGACGCUAGUCUAUCAAAGUCUUCUACCGCGCUUUCGAGUCCGCCUAGCUCUGUUGGCCGAAGCCACUCUGCCUCUCAAAACGGAGAUGCGCCCACAAACGGCAGCGACGAUGACCAGCUCUCUGACGUAAGUCUGCUACGCGUGUAAAGUACCCCUCAAUGCGCUCUUAGCUGAUCUGGAUCUGGUCUUUGUCCUUCUUGCAGGAUGGCGAGACCCUCGGGCUCAUCGCUGCUGAAGGCUUGGGUGGAAUGCUCGAUAUCAGCAAGCGCAACUACCAUCUGCCUGCCUGA